UUUAAGAUUAAGCGUCAUACACCCCUCGAACGGCUUUUCCAGGCCUUCUGCGACGUUCGACGACUCGACCGCCAGCGCUGUCGCUUCUGGUGGGAAUCCUUCGAGCUGCAAAGCCAGCUGACACCCGAGUUGGCUGGCAUUGCCGAUGAGGACAUUAUUCGCUGC